AUGAAAUGUGAAAGUUGUGUGGACACCAGGGAAUUGAACGGUCGAAACAAAUAUAUUUUCACCUCCGCAGGAAGAAUAUACAAGUGUUUUUUUAUUUGUUUUUUUUUCGCGUCACGAUGUUUUUUUGCUUUUUUUUGUUUUUUUUGUGAGCGUGAAAAAUUCGUCGGGGCGAGUUUUUUUUUUUAUUUUAAUUUUAUUUGUUUUCACUUUUUUUUUUUUUUUAUAAUUUUUAAUUUCUAUUUCUGCAAGCGUAUUGCGGGUUGCCGCUGGUUGGGCUGCCGUGUCAUGUUUCGCUUUGGCUGCCUUCUUCUUUCCUUCCUUCUUUUUCUGUCCUGCACCUCCGCCGCGUGUUUGUCUGUGUCCCUUCACGUGCGUGGAUCUCUCCUUGUUUUUUUCUUUCUUUGCGUGUGUGCAGGCACACACACAACCGCAGGGCGUACAUGUUGCAGUGCAGUUGUGUGCUCCUCCUGCAGUCGGUGCGGGCAGCUGCGUGUGGCUGCGGCCGCGUCACUCCGUGGAAAUGAAGAGAAGGAAGGGAGAGGCAGUGAGAGUGCGCCGUGGUUCUCAUCCCCUGCGGGAAUGCUGCGCGGCGUGUGGCGGUAUUGUUUUGAGGCGCCGCACCAUCACGCACGAGGACGUGGCACGGAGUGGAAGACUUCUUCUUUUUUGUGUGUCUGCUGCUGUGGGUGUGGGUGA